GGUGAACAGAGAGAGAGAGAUUUUUCAACAGAAAACCUCAAAACCCUCAAUUCAGACACUGUACCCGAGUGCACCAGUCCCUCCUGCAGCAAAGCACCCCCACAACAACAUGAUGCUGCCACCCCCAUGCUUCACGGUUGGGAUGGUGUUCUUCAGCUUGCAAGUCUCACCAUUUUUCCUCCAAACAUAACAAAGCUCAUUAUGGCCAAACAGUUCCAUUUUUGUUUCAUUAGACCAGAGGACAUUUCUCCAAAAAGUAAGCUAUCAUUAUGAAAGCUUUGGUUUUCCUUUCUCUUAGUUCACAUAUUUCUUUUAAAAUGCAGCUUUAUCAGACAAUACAUUUAAUUAUAUUUCCUUUUUUCUUGAACAUGGCUAAAAUAAAUUUUAGAAAGAAAAGUUUACCCAAAAAAUGAAUGCCUUUCACACAAGAACUUGCAUUGUUUUCUUUUAACAAGUGCAACUUGCAUGAGCCACUGUGAACACGCUUCUGCAAUAUAGCGCUCAUAAACACAAUGGACGUAAAUAUUUUCACUGCAAAAUGUCUUAAGAUUGGGUUGUUUCUCUCCAAAAUGUAUGCUUUCAGGAGACUUGGAACAUGACGCACAAAUUGCAAGGACUUCUUUUUUGACACUUUUGGGUCCUUUUUUAAACUUUAAAGUGAGUUACUAUCAACUGUCAUUGAAAUGAAAAGACUGACUGCAAUAUUCAUUAAAACAUUUUUUUUUUUGUGUGUGUGUUCUGCAUAAGGAAGAAAUGAAUACAGGUUUGAAAUGGCAUGAUAAGGGUGAAUAAAGUUUCCAAUAUGCUUCACUGCAGAGUGUCAAAGCCGGCGUUAUUGAGCCUCAUCCUGAUUCAGGUCGUCGCAGUGGUACUUCUGUUCGGCUGGUACAGCCGCCAGGUCUCUCAAAACAUAUCCUCAUCUGAGGGUAAAGUCCAUGUGCUGCUUCUCUCUUCCUGGAGAUCCGGCUCCUCCUUCCUGGGUCAGGUGUUUAAUCAACACCCAGAUGUGUUUUAUUUAAUGGAGCCAGGCUGGCACGUGUGGACAUCCUUAAAGCAAGCUGGUGCACGUAGCUUACGAAUGGCAGUGCGCGAUACGAUACGCAGCGUCUUCCAGUGCGACUUGUCUGUGAUGGAUUCGUACAUCCCCCAGCAACAAAACAUCUCCCAUCUCUUCAUGUGGAGUCACAGUCGCGCGCUCUGUUCUCCGCCUGCAUGUAUGCUCACACCCCGUGACGAGAUUAGCAAAGAACCGGAGUGCAAGCUGCACUGUGACUUGCACGGUUUGAAGCUUGCAGAAGCUGCGUGUCAGUCUUACAGCCACGUGGUGUUGAAAGAGGUGCGAUUCUUUGAGUUGGAAUCUUUGUACCCACUACUGAAAGACCCGAGUCUGAAUCUGCGCAUUAUUCAUCUAGUUCGCGACCCACGAGCGGUGUUUCGUUCCCGCGAGCAGUCGGCCAAAGCACUGGUCAGAGAUGCAGCCAUAGUUUUGGAGCAAGCAGACAUCCCGGAGAAAGACAGGCAGUACAGCGUCUUGCAAGAGGUUUGUCGCAGUCACGUACGCAUUUAUGAGACUGCCAUGCUUAAGCCACCGGAUUUCUUGCAUGGACGCUACAAAAUGGUGCGUUAUGAGGAUCUGGUGCGCAACACAUUGAUGGAGAUCGAAUCGAUGUACCAGUUUGUGGGUCUCGAAUUGACAGAAAACUUGCAGGAAUGGAUCUAUCGCAUCACCCACGGGAGGGGCAAGGGGACGAAGAAGGACGCAUUCAAAAUCACUUCACGAAACGCCGAGGAUGUCUCCUUGGCUUGGCGAACCACCUUACCGUACGAAAAAGUCCAGCGCAUCCAAGAUGUGUGCAAAGGAGCCAUGUCUCUGCUCGGAUAUAAGACCGUUGAUGGUGAGAAAGAGCAGAAGCUGUUGGAUUUGGAAUUGUUGGUGCCGCGAGAACACAACCAAUUUAGUUGGCUACUGCCGAAAAGCAGUACCGCUAAAGUAUAGUCAUCGGAGUGAUCAAAACCUGAGACCAAAUAAUUGAGGUGCGUUUGCGUCCAUCAGUUUCUUUCUCCUUCAGCUUAUGCUAGUGUAAAAGCUAAAUGAGGAAAGAUCAAAGAUUUAUGGACAGUCCAACAUUUGUAGUGCCCUCAGUGCACAGGAAGCAGCUGUUAAUCUGAUCAACAGAAAGUCAGAGGAAUGACUAGUUGAAAGAGAUGUGCUUCUCACACAAGGCACAAUCUAACUUCUGGAUGCAGUUUUUAAAGAAAUCAUUGUCCAAUAAUCAACUUCAACAUGUAUUUAUUGACAAUGAAAUAAUGUCUUUUUGUUUUUGUUUACAACAAAGAAAAUUGCAUCUCAAAAGUUACACUGUGGGCAAAGGGAACUAUGGGACUGGUUGUUUUUCUCUUGUUUCACGAUAAACACGUUUAAACUGUAUUUACCACUGCAGGACAUACAUGUCACUCAACUUCACACAAACUGUGACUACAUAAUGAUAAAUGUCAAUAUCCUCACAUAUAAAGUAGUUUAUUUGAGAUUAUGUUUAGAUUGUUAGUGUUAUUCAAUUUGAUGGAUGUUGUGUCAUGUUAAACAUUUGCUGUGAUUUGUCAUUGGACACUACAGAGAUUAGUCAAACAAGGGAGCUAGGAUUAGGGUUGGCCUAUUGGUUAAAGGAAUAUUCAAUAUGUUCAAUACAAGCUUUGCUCAAUCAGCAGCAUUUGUGGCAUAAUGUAGAUGUUAUUAUUGAAACAUAUUAAAAUUGUUCAUUUGUGGUCAGAGAGUUGUUUUCCCUUUACAACUUUGUCAUGGCAACAAACUUGUAAAAUGUAAUUUAACUUUACACAAGUGUUAGUAAGGCUAUACUUUUGAAACAGUGAUUAUAUUAACAUUUACAGAUUGGCCCCAUUUACUUCCACUGUAAGCACUGUAAGAAAUGAAGGGGGAAGUCGAAAUAAUUUUUUGUGGUAAUCAAUAUAUUAUGCCACAAAUGCUGCUGAUUGAGUUUAACUUGUAUUUAACCCAGAAUAUUACUUUUAUGCUUACCCUAAUUUUAAACAGUUGCUUCUGAUUUGUCAGUGCCACUGGGGACAGCAUCUAGUAAUUAAAACCGAUGAAGAGAACACAAAAUGACAAACAACAGACUUCAAUGAACUCUGACCACAACUGAACAAUAUUAAUGUAUUCAAGAGUAUUUACAAUUUCUCAAACACAAUUGUUUUUAUAUAUAAAAACGAAUAGUUCCGGCUCUAAUCAUGUUCACAUCAUGUUGGAAUUUCUGUAAUUAUGAGAUUGCAACUUGGGUAUUGUACCUCAGACCUUGGAAAUGAUUUCCUUCUAGUAACACUUGAUACCAAAAUGUCUUUGUUGAUAAUAGCAAAAUUUUUAUCACUACUUUAUUUCAUUAAUCCACCUCUAUAUGUUAUUGCAAACCAAACAAAAAAAAGCACUCCAGGUAACUAUAGCAUAACAAAAUCAAACAGAAAUAUGUUUAACCACCUUUAACUGUUGAGGCUGCUGCCAUUUUGUUUCUUUUUACAUGCGUUACAACUGUCAAGUCAGAGUGUCAAGUUAACAACUUGUAAUGAGUUUUAUGAAAAUGUAAACGCCUUCUAAAGGUUGGAAUCUCGUAAUUCUGACAUGAUGUAGAUCUAAUCGUAUGAGACACAUUAGAAGCCGUAAAAUAGCCGAUAUACACAUCCAUUGAAUUAUAUAUUAAUGUGCCAUGUUGCAACAAAGCAUUAUAUUUGGCAACCGUAAAUAGAAUAGUUAGGUUAGCUGACCACAUUACUUGGCAGAAGAAUUUUUAUUGUUAUUUAUUUAACAUUUUUUGAACAACAGUUAAACUGCCUAGUGUCAUGGCUAAGGACACCCUUUAACUAAAAUCUUUGUAUAGCAUGGUGACUUGCUUUAUUGCUUUAAUGAAAAUCAGUCUUUAUUCAUUUAUUUCUUUGAUAAAUUAUCUAGGUGGAAUAAAAACAUGUUCUAUUGAGAUAUUUCAAUAGGGUUCUAGUAUUAUAUAUAAAUUUACCCUUGAACCCAAACUGCAUAAACGAGAGUCCUCUAGUCAGUGCCAUGUUAUUUAAGGUAAUUUAACAUAGUAAACCUUUUAUGGUUUAAACUUCUGAUUGUAUAACUGUAAAUAAAAAAAAUAAAAUAUAUAUAUAUAUAUAUAUAUAUAUAUAACAUUUACUGUAAGUUAAUUAUAAGCUCUUCAAAUUAUUAAAAAUGUUCAGAAAAAAAUAAUAUUAUAUACAUCAUCAUUUCUCAUUUAUGUUUAACUCAUUUAUACAUCUCAAGCUCAACAUGGCAGUGAAAUAUUGCAAACUACACCUCAGAAAAAAGUGGCACUUAUAUUGUAGAUUACAAUUAAGAGUGUAAUAUUUUCUCGAUGUUGAUUUUUUUUUUUUUUAUUACAGCCAACCGAAAUUUUCAAAGAAACAUUCACGUGCAUCAUCCAUAAAGCAAUCAAACUAUAUGAAAAUCGACUACAGCAGGAAUGCCCUAAAGUGUUACAAUUAAAAACGUACGAAUAUGAUACAGACACGAAGUGUUUUAAUUUUGGGAAAUUUAUCCUGGUUAAGCAGUGUCUGGCUAAGAGGAGCAUCAUCACUUAUUUAGCCAUUCAUGUCAUAUGUCACUUUCACAUUUGCAGUAGUACUUUAUAUGCCAUUUACAUAAAGAAUAAGAGCUUUUAUUAUUUCAUUCUUGUGAAUCUACAUACACUCACGCUGAACCUUAUCAAAUAAGAUGUAGUUUAGGUUUAUGUAAUGUUUACGGGGAUGUGGGGUACACACACAUGCAGAAGCUGGUUUUUAAAAUUAUUUUUAGGAAUGCUGAGGUAUUGCUAUUUUGCGAGUUAUAUUUGAAUUGAAUGGAAGCAGGUAUUGAAUUAACUACAUUUUGAGUCACAUUGAUUUAUAUUUAGCACAUUACACAGUGUCCAAGAUGAGUUCAAGUGUAUAUAAAUAUGCCAAUACAAGAUUAAUAACCCCUUUAAAACACUGUUAAGAGAAUGUAGAUCUAUUAAAUUCAUGAAAACAUGGAUAAUGUGUGUUCAGAACAGAAGUCAUCACAAUCCAUUCUGUUUUGAAUAGAUCAUAGGCAUAGAUUUACACACAUUAAUCUUGGGUUUAUCAUGUUGCAUAUCAUCAUCAUAUAAUCCAAGUUUAUCACAUUUUUCCUUCAGAUUGUGUAGCCCUAGCGGUCAGUUCUAAACAUGUUUAAUCUUCAAAAAACAAACAAGCAAACAAAAUAAAAAUACAACUAUAAAAAAUAUAUAUAAUAUUAGCUAUGGUGGGCCAAAGAAAUGGGAAAUGUGACUGGGAAUGAGGAAAUAAUGUUAUUUUGCCUAUAUUACCAGACUGAUGUUCUCACAUUUUCUUAACCAACAUUUUCUAUAUUAUCCUCCUUGUAAUAUGUCCCCAAACCAAACCUAUGCCCUUGGAAUAAAUAUAUAUGAAAGAUGAUGUGCAAGUGUAUGUUGAAUGGUUGUACUGUACGUGAAGGACAGAAAUGACUGUGAUGUUAUUUUUAAUAGUGUCUGAACCCAAAGAAAAUUGUAUCCAUGGUACAUGUUUAGAGCGUCAGUAUUUAUGCUUGGAUAGAGUAAGUUGUCUAGCUUUUUAUUUUAUGAUAGUGAUUUUAAAUAUACUUUAUAUUGGUUGUUUGUGUAACAGAGUAAAACUUGAAAACUAGGAAGUUCGUCAAAAAAAAACAAA